AUGAAUUUGAGAAGUACAAAUGUAAAGGUCGAAUACGAAGACAAAUUCAAGGACGAGUACAAGUAUAAAGUCCACGAGUACAAGUUUAAAGUCGAGAACGAGUACAAGUACAAGGUCGAAGGUGAGUAUGAAUUCAAGGAGGAGGUUGUCAUGCCCCAUGAUGACUUUGACUCGCUGCGGCCACUAUGCUACCCUCAGACGGACGUGUUCCUGGUGUGUUUCAGUGUUGUGUCACCCACCUCCUUCCACAAUGUACGGGAGAAGUGGCUGCCCGAGCUGCGUCAGCACAACCCCCGUGCACCCAUCGUCCUCGUCGGUACUCAGAGCGAUCUCAGGACAGACGUGAAGGUCCUCAUAGAUCUAGCACAGUACCGCGAGCAGCCGGUGUCGGAGGUAGCAGCUCGUCGACUGGCACACCAGAUAGGGGCUGUUGGAUAUGUUGAAUCAUCAGCGCUCACUCAACGUAACCUGAAGGAGGUGUUCGACCAAGCUAUCCUGGCAGCCCUUGAGGCCCGCAAUAUCCCAACACUCACCCGAGGAGGGUCAUCCAAGCGUUCCUUUUCCAGGCACAGGAAAUUGGGUGGAGGUGCACGGGACGGGGCCUCCGAACCUCUCAAUAACCACACCGCCCGCAACACCCUUGAUUACACUGAUGACACCUCCAGGAAACGUGGCUGGCGGAAGCUGUGCUGCUUCUCCUGAUCCACGCCCCCAUCGACCCCACUCCACUACUCUGCCACACAGCAACAGCAACGAUGGGGGGCAGGAGAGCGGACUGCAAGGCGGCGAUAUACCUCAGCGGAGACGUGAACCUCACACCUCCCAACAGCCAUCACCCCACCCCAUACACUCCUCAAUUUAGCCCACACGGUCUCCGCAGCCCGCCGCCUGCAUGGUCUCCACACCCCGCAUGUGUCAAAAAUCUAUUCCUAGAGUCUACUGGCAAUCCAUGUCAUCACUUCCCUCCCCAACUAAUGCAGUUUGAAAGUGGGCAUCAUUCCCCAAUCUUUUCCUUCACAAAGUCUGACUUAGAUAUAUUCUGGCUCCCAUUUCUUUUUCCUCAUCCAUGGGUCCCAUAGUCUUCACUUUACUAUACAGUACGUGAUUCUUCCAACCAAAAGCAAAUGUUGAGAGAUAAUGAACUUUUUUAAUGAAUGGUCAGUGGGGAGCCAUUGUAUUGGGCAUCCCAACCCUUGAUGAAGAGACAUGGGUGGCACUGGCUUCAGACAACUUGUGCUAAACUCUGGAACAGUGAAUAAAACAGAAGCACACAGUUAAGUAGAUGGACACCAAGACACCUUGUUGCCGUGUGGUGUAGAAUGUUUCUCUGUCCAUAUUGUGAUCAUCUUCAAGUGGAAGCCCCAUGGCUGGUAGAAAUUUUAUCCCUACUGUUGUGAUAGUGAUGUACAUAGUUAGUGUAAGGAAGUAAGAUGAUAGAUAUAUGAAUAGUGAGCCAAGCAAGAAUUAUGUGAGUGGAGAAAUACACAAGUAGCAGUACAGAUUUAAUAUUACUGUACUGUAUUUGUACUGUUGAGAUCUUAACGUGACCACUAUGUUGUGUGCACAUGUGAAUGUGUGUGUCUAUAUUGGUGUAAAUAUAUACUUGAAGUGUGACUGCAAGAGAGAUUGUUUGGAAGUAUUGGCAGUGAAUGCUGCGUGCAAUAAGAUUCUUGUAAAUUCAAGAAUCAGUAGAUUCUACUAUUAGAUGAUGAUGAUGCAGUAUGAAAACUAACUGCACAAGGCAGACAUAACUGCCAACUCGCAUAUCUUUUAUUCUGUAUUAUAUCAUAAAGUGUUUAACCAGCAGUGUAUCUUACAGAAACAUUCUAGACUUCACACUGAUGUAGCCUAUGCUGUACUUGGUCAACCCACAUUGCUGGAGCCUCUUGCAAAUUAACCUAUUCAUUACCAAUUAAUAUAUUUGUGUGAUUAUCAGUUUUCCCUGUUGCUUUAUGAGAUAUUAUAAUGGACAAUGUACGUUAUUUGUAAUACUGUACCUCUCUGGUUGGAACAUAUAAUUUGUUUAGAGGAUUUUGUAAACAGUGAUGUUUAUUCUUGUAACUAUGAGGCAAUAUGAAGUUGUAGCCUUGUCAUGAAAACAGUUUAUUUAUUUUAUUUGUAUUUUGAACUUAAGCACUGCACAAAUACUGUACAGUAAAAAUAUAAAUUUACUCUUGCAAUUGGUAUGUGGAAUGAAAUAAUUAAUAGCCUAUAAUAGGCAUUCUAAAAAAGAUAGAUAUAAUUUACUGUACUACAAGUUGGUAAGCAAUAGGAUGAAUGGUAUAUGCAUAAAUGAUAACACUUGCAGCUGAACUAGCUUAUUACACACCUAAUUGAGUCACUGAUUUAGUAUCUGUAUCAUACAAAGAUUAUUUACAUGUAAAGGAAGAUUGAAAAUUAUAGUCAAAUUUAUUAUGUUCUCAUAUACAGGUAGUGAACUCUGAUUAGGUCCCUCAAAUCUUCCUCAUGUAUACUUUGCCUCACUCGUGUUCAAAAAAAAAAAAAAAGGAUGAGCUUAAUUAUGAUGCUAUGAUUCAAGUAAGAACAUAUAAACACUCAAGUAAGAUGCUGUAGUUGAGAUCUUGUGGUGGUGUAUGUUGUUACUUAGUUGUGAGUAGUGAGCUGUUGAAUAAUAUCGAGUAAUACAUGUAUGGUGCAGCAGUAAGGUACGGUACUGUAAUGUUCUUCAGUAAAGUGUAACCCAAAGUUAGGAAUAUUCUAUUUUGUAGUGAAUCUUAUUUCUAUGGUGUUUUUAUAUACUUCUUGUAUUGUUUUGUUUAUCAGUUAUAUACCAACCAUGCACAAUAUUAUUAGAGAAUAUUCUAAUAAGUAGAUUGGAUAAAAUACCAGAAGCAAAGAAAGGUUAUUAAUGUGUACAGUAUUGUGUAUUCAUUUGUGGUCACUUCACUUGCUACUGACCUUUCAGACCUGUAGAAAUUACCCAUUUUACUUUUAAUUAAAAAAAAAUAUACUGUAUAUUUGCUUAAUUUUGUUUGAGGUUUCUAUAUGAUUACUAUAUAAAAAGUAUACACUGACAACAUAACAAAUAAAUGAGUUUAUUACAAAAUUUAAAAUUCUUUCUUUGGUUGCUCAUCAUAGAAUUGACCUACUGCUGAUUGUGCUCUGGGGUGCUUCUUAUAUUGUGCAAGACCAUGUUGUCGCUCCGUACACCACCAGAUAAGUUAUGUUUGUGUACCCAUAACAUGUAUACAUAUAUCUGGAUGUCAUUAUUUUUCUCACCUUGCAAAGCCUGCAGUGUAAGAUCUCUACUGGACUCAGCUUGUCACGGAGCUUCACAUCAACCACUGUUGGAAGUUCACACCAUUAGCUGCCUCCAGAAUACUGUAGGAUUGCAGCAGCACCUGUCCUUCACUCAUAAAGUAAAACUGAAAUAAUGCUGAGUUUUGUUAUUUUUAAAUGGAUUAUCAUUUGAACAGGGCUUGCAUAAGAUAGCUUUGUUUCCUGCAUAUUUUAUUUUCAUUGGUCUACAAAAAAUUAGGCCUUGUACAACUGUUUUACAAUGCAAUUUUGUUCUUGCAGAUGUGUAGAAAGACUUCAUUAUUUUCUCUAUUCUCUCGUAAAGGCAUUGUUUUACCUUUGGUCUAUGGACUGUUGUACAAUAGCAGACCAGCAGCAGAAGCUCAGGUCCUAACGGCACUUACUAUAGGCCCACUUGGAUUACCAAACUCAUGUGCCACUUACUGUACUUAUCCAGUUCUUGGUCUUGUGUCACCAAUUGUGGGCUCAUCCAGAGUGCCUGGCUCUUGUGCCACAUACUAUGGGCCCAUCCAGAGUGCCUGGGUCUGUGCCACCUUUUUCUCCUGGAUUGCCUGGCUCCUGUGGUACCUACAAUGGGCCCAUCUGGAGUGCCUGGCCCCUGUGCUACCCACUGUGGCCCUACCUUGAGUGCCUGGUCCCCAUGACACCUGCUAUGGGCCCACCUGGAGUAGUUGAGGCUUGUCUGCUAUAUGUGUUCUCUUCAACUUGUGGAACUUGUCUGUGAUGUAAUGGUACCCGCUCUGCUCUGUAUCAGCCAGCUGAACUUGUGAGUAAAAAAGAACAAUA